ACUCGGCGACGCGGCCGGCGGCGCUUACCCAGCGUGCCCCGCGCGGCGCCGGCGGAGGGACGUGGGGGAGGGGCAGGGAGGAGGAAGCGGCGGCGGCUGCGGAUGUCGCUGCGAACGAGCGGCGCCUGAACGCACGGCGGCUGCCCAGCGCCCUACUCGGGCCUGCGCCGGAGCCCACGCCGAGCUCCGCGGCCCCGCAUCCGCUAGGGCGGCCCUGCGCCCACUGCCACUGAGGCGGCGUGCCCUGCAUUCUCUGCAGCCCGGGCCGGCCGGCUCUGGCGUCUGCUGGCUUCUUUUCGCUCGCCCGCUCCCUCCUGCUCGCCUGAGUCACCGCCGCCGCCGCCAUGGCCGAGAGUGGUGAAAGCGGCGGCCCUCCGGGCUCCCAGGACAGCGCCGCCGCGGCCGAAGGUGCUGGCGCCCCCGCGGCCGCAGCCUCUGCGGAGCCCAAGAUCAUGAAAGUCACCGUGAAGACCCCGAAGGAGAAGGAGGAGUUCGCUGUGCCAGAGAAUAGCUCCGUCCAGCAGUUCAAGGAAGAAAUCUCUAAACGUUUCAAAUCACAUACUGACCAACUCGUGUUGAUAUUUGCUGGGAAAAUUUUAAAAGAUCAAGAUACUUUGAGUCAGCAUGGAAUUCACGAUGGACUUACCGUUCACCUUGUCAUCAAAACACAAAACAGGUCUCAGGAUCAUUCAGCUCAGCAAACAAAUACCACUGGAAGCAGUGUUACCACAUCAUCAGCUCCUAAUAGUAACUCCACAUCUGGUUCUGCUACUAGCAACCCUUUUGGUUUAGGUGGCCUUGGAGGACUUGCAGGUCUGAGUAGCCUGGGUUUGAAUACUACCAACUUCUCUGAACUGCAGAGCCAGAUGCAGCGACAACUUUUGUCCAACCCAGAAAUGAUGGUCCAGAUCAUGGAAAAUCCCUUUGUUCAGAGCAUGCUCUCAAAUCCUGACCUCAUGAGACAAUUAAUUAUGGCCAAUCCACAAAUGCAGCAGUUGAUACAGAGAAAUCCAGAAAUUAGUCAUAUGCUGAAUAAUCCAGAUAUAAUGAGACAAUUUAAAGAAAAUAGAGAUCCAUUACCCAAUCCAUGGGCUCCACCGGCUUCCCAAAGUUCACCAGCUUCCAGUGGCACCACCAGCACCGUGGGUGGCACUGCUGGUAGCGCAGCCAGUGGCACUGCUGGGCAGAGUACUACUGCGCCAAAUUUGGUAUCUGGAGUAGGAGCUAGUAUGUUCAACACACCAGGAAUGCAGAGCUUGUUGCAACAAAUAACUGAAAAUCCGCAACUUAUGCAAAACAUGUUGUCUGCCCCCUACAUGAGAAGCAUGAUGCAGUCACUAAGCCAGAACCCUGACCUUGCUGCACAGAUGAUGCUGAAUAAUCCCCUAUUUGCUGGAAAUCCUCAGCUUCAAGAACAAAUGAGACAACAGCUCCCAACUUUCCUCCAACAAAUGCAGAAUCCUGAUACACUCUCAGCAAUGUCAAACCCUAGAGCAAUGCAGGCUUUGUUACAGAUUCAGCAGGGUUUGCAGACGUUAGCAACGGAAGCCCCAGGCCUCAUCCCAGGGUUUACUCCUGGCCUGGGGGCAUUAGGAAGCACUGGAGGCUCUUCAGGAACCAAUGGAUCUAACGCUGCACCUAGUGAAAACACAAGCUCCACAGCAGGAACCACGGAACCUGGACACCAGCAGUUUAUUCAACAAAUGCUUCAGGCUCUUGCUGGAGUAAACCCUCAGCUACAGAACCCAGAAGUCAGAUUUCAGCAACAACUGGAACAACUCAGUGCAAUGGGAUUUUUGAACCGUGAGGCAAACUUGCAAGCGCUAAUAGCAACAGGAGGUGAUAUCAAUGCAGCUAUUGAAAGGUUACUGGGCUCCCAGCCAUCAUAGCAGCAUUUCUGUAUCUCGAAAAAAUGUAAUUUAUUUUUGAUAACGGCUCUUAAAACUUUCAAAUACCUGCUUAUUUCAUUUGACUCUUGGAAUUCUGUGCUGUUAUAAACAAACCCAGUAUGAUGCAUUUUAAGGUGGAGUACAGUAAGAUGUGUGGAUUUUUCUGUGUUUUUCUUUUCUGAAACAAUGGGAAUCAAUGCUUUUUCAUUUAAGGCUACUGCAUGCAUCAAACACUUCUGCAUUUAUUGUAAUUUUUUAAAAACAUCACCUUUUAUAGUUUGGGUGAACAGGUUUUGUCCUGCAUCUGUCCAAUUUGCUUUUUAAACGUUAGCCUGUGGUAGUAAUUUAUGUAGAAUAAAAGCAUUAAAAAGAAGCAAAUCAUUUGCUCUCUAUAAUUUGUGGUACAAUAUUGCUUAUUGUGACUUUGGCAUGUAUUUUUGCAAACAAAAUGCUGUAAGAUUUAUACUACUGACAAUUUUGGCUUUAUUUGUAUACAAUAUAGAGUAUGCACAUUUGAGACUGCGUUUCUAGAAUCAUACUGCAAUAGGUUAUCUGAGCAAAACACCUGUAACCAAAAAAGUAAAGAUAAGGAAAUACUCUCAGAGUUGAGUAUUUUCUAAUUGUAUAAAAUCUUACAGCAUCUUUGAUAAACAUCUCCCAGCAAAAGUAUCGGUUAGUCAGGUUUUUUGAAAAUAUAGUAGAAAAGCUGAUUCUGGUUAUCUCUUUAAGGACAUUUAAUUGUACAGACAACAUAAUGUAACAUUGUCUCGACAUUCACAGAUUGACUGUAAAUUAACCUUAAUCUUUGUGCAGACUGAAGGAACACUGUAGUAUACCCAAAAGUGCAUUUGCCUAGGACUUUUCAGCUUCUCCCAUAGAUAGUUUAACAGGCAUUACAAUUUGUAAUUGAAAUGUCGCUUUCACUGAAAGUGUCUUGAUGUUUCAGUUAUUUUUAAUCGCCAUAUAAAAAUAGAACUAUCUUUUGGGUUUAUCUGUUUUCUCAUGCACAGGCAAUACAUGGAUUUAAAAUGAUUUGUGAGCCACUUGUUUCUGAAGUGUUUUGGUAGUUCUAUUAAGAAAUAGUUAAAUAUUGUGCUUUCAGAGCCUCAGAGAGUGGGGAAGGGGGGGGCAGUGGAAUCUAUCCUGGAUUAGGCCAGUUUAAAUAAUACUGGCAACUAAGAUUCUGUUAGGAUUUCUGUGCAUAUAGUGUAGUAAAGAAGUAUCAUUCAGGGGUGAAAAACAAAAGCUGUUUUAAGAAUGUUGAGUACAUUUGGCUGUUCUGCAGCCUUUUUCUUCCCUCCCCAGAGAAGUUCUGCCUAACUCUCAAACUGUUGGGGUGGUACAUUCCUUUAGGACCAAUUAAAACAUAAUUUAGGGUCAGUAAUAUAUUUGACUGACUCUGGUUCAGUAUUCUCUUAGGUCAUUCUCUCAUGUACAAUUACAGGAAAUUAAAAUGUCAAAGUAACCUAAAACGAGUCCAGACCAAUAAAAUCAAGGGAAAUACAAGUUGAAUUCCAUUACUUCUACAAGUUGCUUGCUAUUAAAAAAGGUCAAGAGGCCAGGUUGCUCACCAGUCCAUGCACUGUUCUGACACUUUUCCCAGGAGGAAAAUAUGUACAAAGGUUAGGGUGGAGGCAUGACUAGAGAUUAUUGUGGAUGGUAUUCAUGUGUCUUUGCUCUUUCUGCCUAUGCCUCAGUCUGGUUUUAAAACUUUUGUACUGAUGAGGGGUGGUAUACAGUGUGGGAUAGUGUCAUAACCAAUUUGAUGAUUUAUUAAUCACAAAAUAACAAUAAAUCUCUAGCUUUUACACUUG